AUGCAUCUCGUUUCGAAAGAUGCGGCGCCCACUUUCCAUCAUACCAGUGCUCCAAUAUCCUCGUCUCAGGACGGUUCGCAGACUCUCAUCUCUCGAAGCAUCACCUCGGAUAUCCCCAGAAUCUUCAACAGCUACCAGGAUGGAUUAUGUCGCUUUGCCCAAGGUAGAGGUAAGCAGCCGCCGUCAGUCGUCAAUGAUACACGCUCCCGCCUGCUUGCAGCCGUAGUUGCGCAAUCCAAUCAGGCCUUCACGAUUACACGCCCACUUGACUGGAAGCAUCAGGUCAGCGAAAAUAUUCCAUUACCCUCGUGUUUCGAUGACUUGGGGUCGGGGGAGUCUUCAGAAGGAAUCUGUUCUAAUCUGCUGAGUAGUCGGGAAUGUCUUCAUGAGGUGUGGGUGCAGAAGAAGAGCCGCGGAGAGACAACGCUUGAAGACCCUUUAAUUGAAAUGCCGGUCGGUAAGUUUGACUACGCCUUGGAGAUGUUCUUUCCCCUUUUCUCGAAAUACAUCUACAAUCUCUGCAAUGACGAGGAAUCCCUAUUAUACACUACCAAAUCGGUCCUCGCCGACUUCGAAGCAGACGGCCUAGCCUACCUCGAGCUUCGCACAACCCCGCGCGCAAUGCCCUCCGCAAACAUCACCAAAGAUGAUUAUGUGCGGCUCAUUCUCUCCGUCACAAACGCCCCCUCCCCCCAGAUGAAAACAAAACUCAUCCUCUCCAUCGAUCGCCGCAACGAUGCAGCUACAGCCCUCUCCGUUGUCGCCCUCGCCCUGAAAUACCGCUCCCAAGGCGUCGUUGGCAUCGACCUGUGCGGUGACCCCACCGUAGGCGACGUCUCCAUCUUUCGGCCCGCUUUCCAACUCGCCAUAAGCGAGAACUUACCCAUCACCAUCCAUUUCUCAGAGGCGCCUUCUUGUACGAAAGAGGAGUUGUGGACUCUGCUGGAGUACAGACCGCAGCGGAUCGGCCAUGUGAUCCAUGUGCCGGAGGAUGUGAGGGAGGAGAUUGUGAGGAGGGGGCUGGGCCUGGAGCUAUGUCUGAGUUGCAAUGUGCACGCCAAGAUGAUUCCGGGGACGUACGGGGACCACCAUUUCGGGUGGUGGAAGGGAAAGGGGUGUCCCAUUGCGUUGAGUACGGACGACGUUGGAGUCUUUGGCAGUGCCCUCUCGAAUGAGUACGCACUCAUCGCCGAGCACUUCAACCUCGACAAUAAGGAGAUCUGUGAGCUUGCGCGAAGUGCCGUCGACAUGAUCUUCGGCGGCGAGAAGGAGAAGGAGAGGCUGCGAAAGCUGAUGUGGAGAUAG